AUGAGGCGGAGAUCGAGCGACGGGGCCGGGGGCGGGGAGCGAUGGCCACUGUCCGCCGUUCUCCUCUUCGUGGCCUUCGUCACCUGCUUCGUCGUGUACACCGGCAUGUCCCUGGUCCACCGCCAGUCCUCCCGAUCGAUUUAUUCGUCGUCGUUGAUUGAUCCGGUGGUCGGAUCCGGCGCCGGAGGGGAGGACGCUGAGGAGGCGAGGGGGGAAUGCUGCAGGGGGGUGGAGAACAGGGAGCUUUGGGGCUCGUCCGUAAAGUGGGGCAUAGACUUCAAGUUCAACACCUCCAGGGAGUGCUGCAAGGCGUGCAAGGCCAUGUGCCAUGCCGGAGACGGGCCCUGCCUCUGUGAUUCCUGGGUAUUUUGCGGGGACAAGGAUAAAUGCAAGGAGAAAUUCGGACAGGUGAGCUCGGACUCCUUCACGCGUUGCCUCUUGAUCCAUUCUCCCCCGUUGCAAGUGUGUGUCCUUUUGAGGGAAAUCGGGCCAGCAAACUUUUCAUCGUUUGCAGUGUCUAUUAAGCUUUUUCCGAUCUAAAUUGUUCCUCCAGAUCUUGUGAAAUCUUGGAUUAACUAUGAGAUUCCAGAUGUACCUAGGGUUCUCGCCGUCUGCGUUUAUUUCGUCAUCCCUUAAUCAUUUUUUGCAUAUUGGAUACGAUUCAUGGGUUCCGUUUAGCCAGAUGAGCCUGCGGUUUUAGUUUACUGUCUCUUUUGGGAGUGGCCAUGGCCGGCUUUCGUCAUUUGCAGACUCGAUUGAUCUUCCAAAGGGCUGGAUUAGCUAUGAGAGACCUCCAGCGCCUACGGUUUUCGCAAUCUUCAUAUCUUUCAUCAUCACUAGACCAUUCUUGGAGGCUGGGAGUCGUUGACUUUUUGUAUGCGACUUUCAACCGCUUCAUUUAUAGCUGCAUUCCAAUCUCCUGGUGGAUGUAACAUGCUUAUUCUCGAUUAUAUCUUGCAUAAAUGCUCCAUUUAGAUUUUCUUUAUCAAGUGGGGGGAACUUUCUUGCAGAGUUACGUUAAUUUACUUUCAUCUCCAUCAGAUAUCUAAAAUUUCGAUAUCAUCAUUGAUGUUGUCUCGGAUGCUUUCUAUGUAGAAUCGUAUCAUCAUGAAAUUAUUACAGGCUAUGAAAGAUAAAUUCAAGUUUCUUUUCUCUCUAAAAGGGGCAAAUCCCGAACAAAGGUUGAUAGCACUGGUUGCUAUACAUAGAUCAUGGUGAUUGCAGGCAAGAGGUUCUCCACAGGAAGAGAAAUUUAUGAAAUGGCGGCUUUGUGGCCGGAGGAUAACCUACUCUGACCCACAGGAGUAUAAUUUUCAGGGUGGGAAGUUAAAUUUUUAGGUCAAUCAAGAAAAUGCCGUUUCCAGUUUCCCUACUCAUAUUGAUAAUUUUGGCAUGAAAGAUGUAGUAGAUCUGAGACCUAGAAGGGGCGAUUCUCGCAUGAAAAAAUAAAUCUGUUCUUGACGCUUUGCUUGUUUCUGUGACAGCUUCCAAGUGAUUAAAGGAAUUGAUUGAUUGACGCUUUGCUUAACAGUGUAUAUUUUUGUAUUCCAUUUAAGUAUCGAUUUUUAGGAAUCAUCUUCUGUGAAAAUUUCCUCAAUCUGAUGAAAAAGAGGCUGAGCUUGGUUUUUUGUUCUUGCUCUCAGUGCUGGUUGAAAAAACAGGAGGAUCCCAUGUUUCCUGAUCUCGCAGAAUCGGGAGAGAAAGUUCCCUGGACAUCUGGGGUUAUUUUUGGAAAAGGAGAGGUAAAUGCUUAUGCUCAAGGAAAUAUCCAUUGGACUAAGAUACCAAAAUUAUUUUCACAGCAGUCGUUAGCUUCUCAUUGUCAACGCUUGUACUUUGUAAUGAAAGAAUUCACUUCAUUAUCCCUCGGCUGGUUGACUUUAUGUUGUGUUGGGGAUCAGGAAUUCAAUCUAUCCAUUACCCGUCAAGGAUCAUGAUCUUGAAAAACCUGAUCCAACUUCUGUGAAUUAAUUACACGGUCAGAAAUUCCAAAACCCUUUGAGGAGUUUUGGAAUUGAUGUAUUCCUGAUUCUUCCAAUCUCGGUCCUAUUGAUUUAGCAAUUCAUUGCCGCAUUAGAAUUGGUUUAAUGGAAUGAUUUUGCUAAUAUAGCAGGGUUAUGACCGAAAAAAAAGGGUUUUUUCAUUAACAUUUUUUUAUUUCUUUUUUAAACUAGAAGGAACUAACUUUUUCUGAUUAAUGAAGGCCCUUCUGUCUUGUGUAUGCUUGAUAUUGAAUGUAGAUUCCUACAUUUGAGUGCAUCUCACGAGAUGAUUAUUGCCCAAAAAGAGGAUUUUCAUUAAAUAUUGUAAUUUUUUUAAAUAAAAAAGGGCUACCCAGGAGAUUCUUUCCUGUUUUGGUUGAAACAUAUAUAUAUAUAUAUAUAUAUAUUUAUUUUUUCUUUUUGGUUAACAUCAAAAAGCUGUAUAGAAGUCCAGAGGGGAUGCUGUUCCUCAACUUGCUCUAUUUUUUUUUUCCUCACGCAGGGAAUCAUAGGCAUCGAGACUGAGAUUGGAACCAUUCGUGUAAAGGUAAUACCCGCUCUUCAGUUUUUUUUUGCAUCAUCAGUUGAGCUCCUCCUCCACAUAAAUCUUUCCUUGUUGAAUGGGGGAAAUUUGAUUACAUGAACUGGGUUUUUUCUAUUUAAAGAUAUGUAUAGAUAUACACACAUAUUUACAAUAGAGAGAAGGAGGUCUUGUUGAAUGAGGGGAAUUUGAUUACAUUAACUGUUUUUUCCUGUUUAAAGAUAUGAAAAGAGAGAGAGAUUCUUCUUUGUAGAGAGAGAUAGAGAGGGAGAGAGAGAGAGAGAGAGAGAGAGGAAAAUUUUCUUCUUUGUUAAAUGAGUGCAAUUUCAUUACAUUUACUGGGUUUUCCCUAUUUAAAGAUAUACAUAUAUUUACAAUAGAGAUGGGGAAUGUGGAGAGAGGAAAUUUUUAUCCUUUGUUGAAUGAGGGUAAUUGGAUUGCAUUAACUGGUUUUUUUCUUAUAUAUAUACUUACAGCAGAUAGAAUGAGAAAUGUAGAGAGAGAGAACGUAGAGAGAGAGAGAGAGAGAGAGAUGAAUAGUAAAAUCUGAAACAGUCUCUGUGGUUGUUUACCAUGCAUGCAGCUCUUCCCGGAGUGCGCUCCUCACUCGAUGGUCUACAUCGCCGAGGUCCUAAAAUCCCGCCACUGCGUCGGCUGCCACUUCUACCGCGCUGAGCCCCGCGGUCUCUCCUGGGACGAAUCCGGCGACCCCAUCCCGAAUGUAAGCAGCCACCCCCCACUCCAUUCCUCCUACCUUCGUCUCCACCCGCAAACCCUAACUCUCUCUCUCUCUCUCUUUCUUUGUGCAGGCCGGGCUGGGGCCUCCGUACGGGCUGAUCCAGGGGACGCUGGCGGCGGAGGGGAUCGCAUUCAGGGAGCUGCCGGCGGAGGCGUGCCCGGCGUUGCGGCGGGGAUCGGUGGCGUGGAUCGGGGCGGGGCCGGAGUUCUUCAUCAGCCUGGCCAACCACGGCGAGUGGCGGAGAUCCUUCGCCGUCUUCGGUUCCGUUCUCUCCGAUGACCUCCCCAUCGCCGAGCGCAUCGCCCGCCUGCCGGCGAAGCCCGACGCCUGGAACGACGUCCCCGUGAGGGUCCUGGAGGCGCCCCUGAAGUUCAAGGUCAAACGAUCCCCGCUGAAGGCAGCAGCAGGAGGAGGAGGUCUCAGUUGA